GCACGAAGUCCCUGUGUCCUGCCCUGGCUCGUCCCUUCACUGUGUCCACACAGAGAGACAGCUACAAGUACGUCAACGCAAAAGAACUGUCCACGGACUUCAAAUCCAUCACUGACCGCGCCGCGCAAACGCUGCUGUGGACAGAACUGUUCAGAGGUUUAGGGAUGACUCUCAGUUACCUGUUCAGAGCGGCCACCAUCAACUACCCCUUUGAGAAGGGACCCCUGAGCCCGCUUCCGGGGGAGCAUGCUCUGAGGAGGUACCCCUCUGGAGAGCGCUGCAUCGCCUGCAAGCUCUGUGAGGCUGUGUGCCCCGCCCAGGCGAUCACUAUAGAGGCAGAGCCUCUUGACGGCAGUCGGAGGACCACGCGGUACGACAUCGACAUGACGAAGUGCAUCUACUGGUUCUGUCAGGAGGCCUGCCCUGUGGACGCCAUCGUGGAGGGUCCGAAUUUCGAGUUCUCCACAGAGACUCACGAGGAGCUGCUGUACAACAAGGAGAAGCUCCUGAACAACGGAGACAAAUGGGAGGCAGAGAUAGCAGAGAAUAUCCAGGCAGACUAUCUGUAUAGAUGAGAGAGACUGAGAGAGAGACUGAGACACACAGAGAUGAGAGACUGAGAGA